AUGGCCACGGAAAAUAAAAUAGUCGUCACUCUACUAAACAUUGUACACAUUGUGACGGAUUUCCUGUUGGAAUUCAUUUUGGGUUGGUAUUUAGGACCCAAAAAGGAAUGCAGUCCACCAAAUGAGCAGGAAAAACCAGUUGUUACGAAAAGUGCUGUUGAGUUGGCGACCUUAAUUCGUCAGCGGAAACUCAAAGCAUACGAUGUUGUGAAAGUGUACUGUGAUCGUAUGAAGACGGUAGGCAUUUCACAACUUAAUGCUGUCAUCGAUGGACCAUUCACGGUCGAAGCUUUGAAAGAGGCCGAAGAAAUUGAUCGUAAAUUGGAUAAUGGCGAAUUCACCGAAGAGGAAUUGCAAGCGAAACCAUUCUUGGGUGUACCCUUUACAACUAAGGACAGUACAGCUGUGGCUGGGAAACUACACACGUUGGGAUUGGUGUCCCGCAAGAACGAACGAGCUCCUGAAGAUGCAGAAUGUGUAAAACUAAUGAAGGAAAGUGGAGCCAUUAUUAUUGCCACCAGCAGCGUUCCUGAAGUCAAUAAAUGGAUAGAGACAAGAAACAAUGUUAUUGGUCAAACGAAUAAUCCCUAUGAUUUAAGACGUUCCGUAGGCGGUUCCAGUGGUGGUGAGGGUGCACUGAUUGCAUCGUGUUCUACAGCUUUUGGUCUUGGCACCGACAUUGGAGGAUCUAUACGCAUACCUGCAUUCAAUUGUGGUAUCUUUGGACACAAACCUACACGAAAUGUGGUAAAUAUGCGUGGUUGCACCUUCCGUACUGGCAAGGAGGAGCACACCAUGGUUGCUGCUGGACCCAUGUCAAGAUAUGCCAAAGAUUUAAUGCCCAUCUUAAAGGUGUUGACCGGUCCUGUUAUGGCUGAAAAGUUGCAAUUGUCGAAACCUGUUGAUUUGAAGAAACUGCGCUUCUUCUAUGUGCCCACCAACAACAUGAAGCAGUGUAAUCCCGUUAAUCGUGAAACGCAAAUGGUUAUGUAUAAAAUACGUAAACAUUUCCAAAAUAUCACCGGUACUGAGGUCCAAUUGGCAGUUCUACCCCAUCUGGAAAUUACCAGUAAAAUGUGGAGAUAUUGGAUGACCCAAGAACCAGCUAAUUUCAAUAAGCUUUUGGGCAAUGGCGCCGAUCUCAAUCCAUUUGUUGAGCUUUUUAAGAAGUUAAUUGGUCAAAGUGAAUUUACGAUGGCAGCGAUCUUUUCUCUAAUCGAUAGCAUUUUGCCCAAGGAGAAAGAGGAAAUGAUACGUGCCGCAACACAGGAGCUUAAGAAGGCUCUACAAGAUCUCUUGGGGGAUGAUGGCGUUUUGUUCUAUCACAGUUCUCCACGUACAGCACCAUUCCAUUAUUACCCGUUGGUUAAGAUCCUCGAUUUCAGUUAUUUCUCAAUAUUCAAUGUAUUGCAAACACCAGUAACCCAAGUGCCGAUGGGAUUGGAUUCGAAUGGUAUGCCGUUGGGUAUCCAAGUGGUUGCAAACGAUAUGAAUGAUCGUUUGUGUAUUGCUGUGGCUGAAGAGCUCGAACGACAAUUUGGGGGCUGGGUCCAACCAUAA